GCGAUAACUUUGGGGGCGUUGAUCCACGUCGAAAAAGAAGUGUGUGUUACGUUUUGAUCGAUCGGCUGAAGGGCAGCGCGAUCGCCACCGCCGCCAGCGGGAUAAGCAAGUACACCUGUGGUCUUCUGCUUGCCACACACACACACACACACACACACACACACACACACACACACACACACACACACACACACACACACACACGCACACACACACACACACACACGCACGCGCGCGCGCACACUCGCACAAACUCGCACACGCCAACGUGUACUCUAACACGCGUGAACUACACGUUGAUGCGAAGACCUGAUGCAGGAGAACUUGAUCAUCUUGCCGGCCAUCAUGACGAAACAGAGCUCGUCGGACCUGGAGCAUGCCGGGGCCAGCUUUACGAGCGUAUUUCUGGGGCGUAUGCACCCGCCGCUGCCGGAAGCAGAUUUGGCCAAAUACCGUGAUCUGGUCUUGAAACACGAGAUCCAGGUUGGGGACCUGGCUGUCUUGGGUGUGGACGGUCUGCAGCAGUUGGGCAUUAGCAAUUUGGUGCAUGCCGCACGCAUCGCGGCAGCGGCACAGGGGGAUGUGCGGUCGGAUCCUCCCAAGGUGGACGGCAAGCCGGUCGAGGUGCAGGCCAAGGUUGGCAUCAUCUCUUUUGGCCGCGUGGACACGGUGAGCCAGUCUGCGUAUGUGCGCUUCUUCUUUGACUUGCACUGGAUUGACCCGUCCAUGAUUGGUGCGGAUCCCGCCAACGUGCCGCCCUACCUCUGGCGGCCAGAUGCGUACGUGUUCAACGCCACGGGCGACUAUAACAAGACGGUGCAUCCGGCCACGCUGUUGGACCCGGAACGGGGCCUGAUGUUGCAGGCGCUGGAAUUUGAAGCCACCUUUGACAACCCCAUGGAUCUGCGCGAUUUCCCCUUUGACUCGGAUGCAGCGACCAUCCACGUGAUUGCCGUGGAGGAACAAUCGGCCGAAGACUACGUCCUGCGACCCUGGUCCGAAGGGGAGGCCAACGCCACCAAGCUCUUCUUCGACCCCGAGUUUGUGGCCGAGUGGACCAUCCGCGGACACAGCAUUGACGGCUACGAGCUCAUGGGCGGCAACUCGAUCCCCUACUCGCACAUGCUCAUUCACUUGCAUUUGCAACGGCGCUCGUCCUUUUAUCUCUGGAAGCUGGUCCUGCCGCUCUUUCUUUCCACUGUCUUCUGCUUCAGCAGCUUCUUCUUCGAGCCGGACAAUCUGAGCGACCGCAAUGCCACCUCGCUGACCAUGUUUUUGGCCACGGCCGCCCUUCUCUUCGUCAUUGGCAGCCUCCUGCCCAAGACAAGCUUCCUCACCCGCAUCGACAAGUUUGUCAUUGUGAGCCUGCUCGUGCAGUUUGUUGUUGCCGUUCUCUCCUGGGUCAUCGCGGGCGGCUUUGGGGACAUUGCCUCCCACCGGGUGGACAACAUUGACCGCUACGGCCUGAUCUUCCUCCCCACCUUUUACUUUAUGGCCACCCUCUUUUACUUUGCCCCGCCCCUGGUGCAGCACCUCCUUCUCAGCCCGACUGACCGUCCCGAAUACCCCAUGACCCACUUUCACGACGACAAGGUUGAACUUGGCUUUUACCCCUUUGUCAUGUUUGAGAACAUCUUCCUGUAA